AUGGCUCCCGGUGCUAUCGAUCCCUCAAUCACAAAUGUGGUUCAACCUAAGAAGGACAGCCUAGGCCUCCCCAAGGAGACUCGAGCCCGCCUCGAAAGGGCCAAUGUCGAUCUUUCGAACGGUUACCCUUACCGACCAGCUCGUCCCCUCUACCUGCAAGAUGCCUACAAUAUCAGAAACGAGACUUGGGCGCAUGACGAUGCUGGAGCCAGAGCAAAGAAGACCGAUCCUACCAAGAAGUCUCUUUUCGAAGCUGCAAGCAAGGUCGAGGACCUCACAGCUCACAUCGGCACCGAGAUCCACGGCUUGCAGUUAAAGGAUCUCACCAACCAGCAGAAGGACGAGCUUGCACUGUUGAUUGCUGAGAGAAGCAUUGUCUUCUUCCGUGAUCAGGACAUUUCUCCUCAACAGCAAAAGGAGCUUGGCGAGCAUUAUGGAAAGAUUGAAGUCCACGUAAGUGCUGAUCUGGAGAGAUCGAAUCUCGAUACUGACAUAUCCUGUAGNCCUCAAGUACCCCAAGUCCCAGGUGUCGAAGGUGUCACUGUAAUCUGGCCUGCUCUGCAAGCAACCGAGAGAGCUGCCAACUUCAGAAAUCCUGGCGGUGCUUCUCGUUGGCACACUGAUCUGGUCCACGAGCGUCAGCCUGCAGGUAUCACGCACCUUCACAACGACGUUGUGCCAUCUGUCGGUGGUGACACUCUGUGGGCUUCGGGCUAUGCUGCCUACGAGAAGCUCAGUCCAGGAUUCCGCAAGAUUAUUGACGGCAAGAAAGCAUACUUCAAGUCUGCACACACAUACCUCGACCGCGAUGAUCCCAAUGCCGGUCCCAAGCAUAUCGAACGUGUUCACCCGAUCGUUCGCGUGCAUCCAGCUACUGGCUGGAAGGCGCUCUUCGUGAACAGGUCUUUCACAACCAGGAUAGUCGACCUCGACAAAGCUGAGAGUGAUGUCAUUCUGAACUACCUUUUCGAUGUCUACGAGCGGGUGAGUGUCUCAUCGGAUCGAAGUCGACUACUUUUGCACAGUGUUGCUGACCUGUUCUCANNGAAUAUCGACAUCCAGCUCCGUUUCAGGUGGACACCCAGGACCAGUGCUCUGUGGGACAACCGUAUUACCAUUCACAAUGCUUCUUGGGACUACGAAGGAGGUAGCCCAAGACACGGCACUCGUGUGACUUCGCUGGCCGAGGAGCCCUACUUUGAGGAGGAUGCGCCAACCAGAAGACAUGCGUUGGGCCUUGAUGCUGAAGAUGAGUCGGUUGGUUCCGAUUAG